AUGCCUGCUCAAAAUAUCAACAUGUUUUGCCCAAGGGCAAGUGAUUUGACAGGUUUGAACUGUUUCCUGGUCGGUCGUUGGGAUCGUUUGGUGGAGUGUGUACUCACAGUAUUUGAAAAGAUUGGCGAAGUGGCAAAAACUAGUCUUUUGGAUGCGAGCCAAAGGCCGAACUUGCAAGAAAUAAUCAACUGCCACUUUUACAACUAUGAAAUACAAAAAACAUCACCAUGUUCACUGUGUGUACUCAAUAAGCAUAUAACCCAGCUGGAAGCUCUUCUUUUCAUCAGAGGCCCCAAAGCAAAACAUAUUACCGCUGCAGAACUUGAGGAUAAGGGUACUGGUGGAGGACAGAAAAUUUCACUACUCGAAUCGAUUCUUCGGAUAUUUCUGGCGACUGUAAUGCGAACCGAGAAAGAACUGAAUAAUGAAUUGAUUGAGCUUGGCCGACAAUCACUGGAACAUUUUGAGGAUUGCAAGACAGUACUGGCAGCCGCGAAACGCUUUCAUACUGCUGCCACCGAUUACGCGGCCAUCGUGUAUGUGAUUUUUUUGUUUUUUGAUCAUCUAACGAAUGUAUGGUGGUUGCAAGGAUGA